AUGGUGCAGAAGUCGCGCAACGGUGGCGUGUACCCCGGCCCUAGCGGGGAGAAAAAGCUCAAAGUGGGCUUCGUGGGGCUGGACCCCGGCGCGCCCGACUCCACUAGGGACGGCGCUCUGCUCAUCGCCGGCUCCGAGGCCCCCAAGCGCGGCAGCAUUCUUAGUAAGCCGCGCGCGGGCGGCGCAGGUGCCGGGAAGCCCCCCAAGCGCAACGCCUUCUACCGCAAGCUGCAGAAUUUCCUCUACAACGUGCUGGAGCGGCCCCGUGGCUGGGCAUUCAUCUACCACGCCUACGUGUUCUUGCUGGUCUUCUCCUGCCUGGUGCUGUCCGUCUUCUCCACCAUCAAGGAGUACGAGAAGAGCUCGGAGGGCGCCCUCUACAUCCUGGUGAGCCAGCCCCUGGGCCCAGGGGAACAGGGUGGGGCUGAGCCCAGCAGGCAAGGCCCCCGGGGCUGGAGAACCUACCGGCUCUCUGGCCUCAGCCCUGCUGCCCGUGUGCGCCUGGCCUCCCUGGUCCAGGGGGCACCCAAAUAUGUGGCCUUGCUCCUUCCAGACAUCAUGGUGCUCAUCGCCUCCAUUGCCGUCCUGGCCGCGGGCUCACAGGGCAAUGUCUUCGCCACGUCUGCGCUCCGGAGCCUGCGCUUCCUGCAGAUCCUGCGCAUGAUCCGCAUGGACCGGAGGGGGGGCACCUGGAAACUGCUGGGCUCUGUGGUCUACGCGCACAGCAAGGAGCUGGUCACUGCCUGGUACAUUGGCUUUCUCUGCCUCAUCCUGGCCUCAUUCCUGGUAUACCUGGCCGAGAAGGGUGAGAAUGACCACUUCGACACCUACGCAGACGCACUCUGGUGGGGCCUGAUCACCCUGACCACCAUUGGCUACGGGGACAAGUACCCCCAGACCUGGAACGGGAGGCUCCUGGCAGCAACCUUCACUCUCAUCGGUGUCUCCUUCUUCGCCCUUCCUGCGGGCAUUCUGGGGUCUGGCUUUGCCCUGAAAGUGCAAGAACAGCAUCGGCAGAAGCACUUUGAGAAGAGGCGGAACCCGGCCGCGGGCCUGAUCCAGUCGGCUUGGAGGUUCUACGCCACCAACCUGUCCCGCACGGACCUGCACUCCACCUGGCAGUACUACGAGCGCACCGUCACCGUGCCCAUGUACAGCUCACAAACUCAAACCUACGGGGCCUCCAGACUCAUCCCACCUCUCAACCAGCUGGAGCUGCUGAGGAACCUCAAAAGCAAAUCGGGACUCACCUUCAGGAAGGAGCCCCAGCCUGAGCCCUCUCCAAGUAAAGGCAGACCGUGCAGAGGGUGCCUGUGUGGAUGCUGCCCCGGACACUCUAGCCAGAAGGUCAGUUUGAAAGACCGUGUCUUCUCCAGCCCCCGAGGCGUGGCCGCCAAGGGGAAAGGGUCUCCCCAGGCCCAGACGGUCCGACGGUCACCUAGCGCUGACCAGAGCCUUGAGGACAGUCCAAGCAAGGUGCCCAAGAGCUGGAGCUUCGGCGAUCGCAGCAGGGCACGCCAGGCUUUCCGCAUCAGGGGCGCUGCGUCCCGGCAGAACUCGGAAGAAGCAAGUCUCCCUGGGGAGGACGCAGUGGAGGACAACAAGAGCUGUACCUGUGAGUUCGUGACCGAGGACUUGACCCCUGGCCUCAAAGUCAGCAUCCGAGCCGUGUGUGUCAUGCGAUUCCUGGUGUCCAAGCGGAAGUUCAAGGAGAGUCUGCGGCCCUACGACGUGAUGGAUGUCAUCGAGCAGUACUCCGCUGGACACCUGGAUAUGCUGUCCCGCAUCAAAAGCCUGCAGUCCAGAGUGGACCAGAUCGUGGGGCGUGGCCCGGCGAUCACGGACAAGGACCGCACCAAGGGCCCUUCCGAGGCGGAGCUGCCAGAGGACCCCAGCAUGAUGGGACGCCUGGGCAAGGUGGAGAAGCAGGUCUUGUCCAUGGAGAAGAAGCUGGACUUCCUGGUGAGCAUCUACACGCAGCGCAUGGGCAUCCCGCCCACAGAGACCGAGGCCUAUUUCGGGGCGAAAGAGCCGGAGCCAGCGCCGCCAUACCACAGCCCCGAGGACAGCCGGGAGCACGUGGAGAAGCAGGGCUGCAUCGUCAAAGUCGUCCGCUCCGGCAGCUCCACUGGCCAGAGGAACUUCUGCGCGCCCCCCGCCCCAUGCCCGCCGUCCACCUCGUGGCAGCAGCAGAGCCACCAGCGCCAUGGCACCUCCCCCGUGGGGGACCACAGCUCGCUGGUGCGCAUCCCGCCGCCGCCUGCCCACGAGCGGUCGCUGUCCGCCUACAGCGGGGGCAAUCGGGCCAGCACCGAGUUCCUGAGGCUGGAGGACGCUGCGGUCUGCAGGCCCCACGAGGCCGCCCUGCGGGACAGCGACACGUCCAUCUCCAUCCCGUCCGUGGACCACGAGGAGCUGGAACGUUCUUUCAGUGGUUUCAGCAUCUCCCAGUCCAGGGAGAACCUGGACGCCCUCAGUGGCGGUUACGCGGCUGCGGCGCCCUGCGCCAAGGUCAGGCCCUACAUCGCCGAGGGCGAGUCCGACACAGACUCGGACCUCUGCACGCCCUGCGGACCUCCGCCGCGCUCUGCCACGGGGGAGGGCCCCUUUGGCGAGGUGGGCUGGGCCGGGCCCAGGAAGUGAGGGCGCAGGACCCGCCCACGCGCUCUGCCUGUCCCUUUUGGGGGCGUGAGCUCUGCGGGUCUCUUCUGGAGUGACGUGCGCUGUGGGGCACCUGUGGGGUGUCAGGCCCACUUGCCGGUGCAGGCAGCAGGGCUCCUUGGCUGGUGCAGUGACAUUUUGC